AUGGAUUCUAAUCAGACUGUCGAUCAGAAUAUUACUUUACUUUUAAAAUAUUCUUUAACAUUUCUUAAUCUAAAAGAUUUAAAAACAUAUGAAAUAAUUAUUCUAAUAUCUUAUGCAUUUAUGAUAGGUUUAUCAUUUUUUACAAAUUUAAUUGCUAUUCUUGUAUUUAUGCUUGGUAGACGAUCAAGAACAGCAUUAUCACCAUUUCUAUUAAAUUUAAGUGUAUUUAAUAUUAUAAUGACAGUUUAUUGCAUUCCAUUUACAAUAACAUCGGUCAUAUUUCAACGAUGGUUAUAUCCAAAAUAUUUAUGUAUUAUAUUAGAAUCAUUAAAAAUGUUUUCGGUUUCCGGUGUCCUAUUAACACUUAUUACAAUUGCAAUUGAUCGAUAUUGUGUUGUCAAAUAUCCACUUGAAUGUAAAUUAUAUCCUGUUAAAAAACGAAAUUCAAUUGCACUUAUAAUUAUUUGGAUUGUUAGUUUAUUAAUUGCUAUUUGUUGGUUUCCAGCACGUUCACAACCAUUAGAUGAAAAACGUGUAUGGGUUUCAUCCCGUAUAUCAUAUGAAAAUUUUAUAAAUUCACUGAAUGAUAGUUCAAUACAAUCACAUACAUAUGAUUAUGUAUUAAUAACAUUUGAUUAUAGAAUAGUUAAUACUAUACAAUGUGUACCAAAUAAAGCAAAAAAUUCUGAUGAAGUUCGACGAACAAUUUUAACAUCUAUUCAAACAUAUUUUAUACCAUUAUUUAUAUUAGCAUUUGUUUAUCUAAGAAUAUCAGCAAUACUUUGGAGACGAUCAAAUAAUUCAACACCAUCAAAACAUGCUUAUAUUCAUUCACAUAAUGAUGCACAAUUUAAAAAAAAAUUAAAACAGGGUAUUAAAAUGCUUGUUAUCGUAAUUAUUUUAUACGCAUCAUUAUGGUUACCAAUGAAUGCCUUUCAGUUAUGUUUAAAUAUAUUUUGUUAUCCAGAAAAUCCCUAUCAUUUUUGUAAUAAUAUGUUACUGUUACAAUUACUCUACAUUGGUUGUCAUUAUUUAACAGUGUCUAAUACGGCCAUCAAUCCUAUUAUCUAUGGAUUUACGAAUAAAAAAUUUCGAUCUGACAUAAAACAACUUCGAUAUCGUCUACUUCAAUUUCAUACACCACAAACAUUCACUCGAAAUCGAUUUCCACCUGAAAAUCCUGAAAAUUGUCGUCUUAACACCAGAAGUAAACAAGAUUAUGCUGUUUCAAAUAAAUUGUAUUCUUUUAUGCCAAAUCGAGAGACACCAGUUACUAUUUGUACUUAUGUAUCUAAAAGUAGGACAAAGGAAAAUGCGAGUGACACAAUUGCACUUGCUCAAAGACCAAUUCAAACUCAUUCUCAUUGA